AUGUCGGCGGCGCAGCUUCUCAACCCCAAGGCCGAGUCCAGGCGGCGGGGCGAGGCUCUGAGAGUCAACAUUAGCGCCGGUGAGGGACUGCAAGAUGUCCUCAAGUCGAACCUUGGUCCCCUUGGGACAAUCAAGAUGCUUGUCGACGGUGCGGGACAGAUCAAACUCACAAAAGAUGGAAACGUUCUUCUUCGCGAAAUGCAAAUACAAAACCCCACAGCUGUUAUGAUCGCCAGAGCUGCCACGGCACAGGACGACAUCUGCGGUGAUGGGACAACCUCUGUUGUGCUUCUUGUUGGAGAGCUUUUAAAGCAGGCGGAGAGGCAUAUCCAGGAGGGUCUGCACCCAAGAAUCAUUGCGGAUGGCUUCGAAAUCGCGAAAAACGAGGCUCUGAAGUUCCUCGAUGACUUCAGGAUCCCUCGCGAUAUCGACCGUGAGCUUUUGAUCAGCGUUGCUAGGACUUCCCUGGCGACCAAGCUCAACUCGACCCUUGCGAACAAGCUUACUCCGGAUAUUGUUGACGCUGUGCUUGCCAUUUACAAGGCGCCCGCAAAGCCUGACCUGCACAUGGUGGAGAUCAUGAAGAUGCAGCACAGGACAGCCUCCGACACGCAACUGAUCCGGGGCCUUGUUCUUGACCACGGAGCGAGGCACCCCGACAUGCCCAAGAGAUUGGAGAAUGCCUAUAUCCUGACCCUGAACGUUGGCCUGGAGUAUGAGAAGUCGGAGAUCAACUCUGGAUUCUUCUACAACAGCGCCGAACAACGCGACAAGCUCGUUGAGAGCGAGCGGAGACACGUCGACGCCAAGUUGAAGAAGAUUGUGGAGCUCAAGAAAGAAGUGUGCGGCAACGACCCCAAGAAGAGCUUUGUUAUUGUCAACCAGAAGGGUAUUGACCCUCUUUCGCUUGAUGUGUUGGCCAAGAACGGCAUCUUUGCCCUGCGGAGAGCCAAGCGGAGAAACAUGGAGCGUCUGCAGCUUAUUGUUGGAGGCGUGGCCCAGAACAGUGUUGAGGAUCUUUCACCCGAGGUCCUCGGCUGGGCUGGCCUGGUCUAUGAGCAGCAGUUGGGAGAGGAGAAGUACACAUUUAUCGAGGAGGUCAAAGACCCCAAGUCGGUCACAGUGCUUAUCAAGGGCCCGAAUGCGCAUACCAUCACUCAGAUCACCGACGCUGUCAGGGAUGGCCUGCGAAGCGUCUACAAUACUAUCGUAGACAAGAGUGUCGUUCCCGGUGGUGGUGCUUUCCAGGUUGCUUGCGCGGCACACCUCCGCAGCGACGCUUUCUCAAAGACUGUCAAGGGCAAGGGCAAAUGGGGUGUCCAGGCGUUUGCCGAUGCAUUGCUCAUCAUCCCCAAGACUCUUGCCGCGAACGCCGGUCACGACAUUCAAGAAUCAUCAGACAAGCCGCCAUCAGCAGCUUUGGCAAGAUGCAAAGUCUGCAAGGACCUUAUGGUUCUCCUGUUGCAACUGAACGGAGAGCUCCCAGACCGUUUCCCAGGCCAUGAGAGGCGGCUCUACGUAUUUGCUUGCAGGAAAAAGGCAUGCCGGCGACAGGAGGGCUCAGUCCGGGCCCUUAGAGGCCUAAAGGCAUCUGCCGUGCCGAAUCCCUCUGCCGCGGCGGCAAAGACACCGAUGGAAAAGCCCCCGGCAGCCAAACCGGCGCAGCCUAGCACAGGACUGGGCGAGUCCCUAUUCGGGGUCAAGCCAUCUACUGGCGCCAGUUCUGGUGCAGCAAACCCUUUUGCGAACCCAUUCUCGACAAAACCACAGCCGGCCGCAGGAGCCAACCCCUUCAGCACCGCUAGCAGUAAACCAGAAGCCCCACCCGCACUCGAGGCGACACCCGCAAAGCCAGACGCAGAGACCAAGAGUCUACCGGCGACCUUUGCAGAGAAACUGAACAUCAACAACACACAACCCCCUGCCGGACCACCACCCCCACCGGAACCAUGGCCCACUGAGGACGCGCAGCCCAAGCCCUACCCGGUCUCGUGGAUCUCGGACGCCGAGUACGAAACGCUCGAGCCGACGCCGAUGCCCCGCGUGCCCACGGUCUCGAUGGACAUUGACGACCCGGCGGCUGGUGGCUCUGGCGGCAAGGAGGAUAAGGUGGUUUUUGAGAGCAGCAUGGACGCACAGUUCCAAAAGUUUGCGGACCGUGUCGGCGAGAACCCGGAGCAGGUCAUUCGCUACGAGUACGGCGGCAACCCCCUGCUGUACAGUAAGGACGACAAGGUUGGAAAGGCUCUGGAGGCUGGCAAGAUACCGUCUUGUGGGAACUGUGGUGCUGGCAGGGUGUUUGAGGUGCAGCUUGCGCCGCAUGCCAUUACGGAGCUGGAGCGGGAGGAGGAUGGGUUGGAUGGGAUGGAUUGGGGUACUGUGAUUGUCGCCGUUUGCUCCAAGGAUUGCCAGGAGAGAGGCGUGGGGGAUUCCGAGGUUGGUUACGUGGAGGAAUGGGCUGGGGUACAAUGGGAGGAGCUCACGAUGAAGAGGUAG